CGCGUCGCCGGCGUCGCCAUGAGAUGGAUUUGCUGAGCUGUCUGGGCCACAGGGCCAACUCUGAUGAGCUCAAGCGAGCUGUCCAGUCUCUUCAUGGUCCGCCAAAGUCCAAUGGCAUUAUCGAAGGCGACAUCAAGGUCUAUCGAGACGGGGUGUAUAUCAACCAUUACGCACUCGGCUUUUCGCUAUUCUUUGAGCCCGUCAAGGGCUACCAACUCCAGACACGCAUGCCAUCAAGCGACGUCGACUAUGCGCAGCUACAGCUCGCAAGUCUGGACAUCUACAACCCGUCAAAAGACAGCAAAAAGGUCAAAUUUGGCACUUUUACAGGAUUGCCUUUGCGAGUCACUGCCGGCAUCGAGCUAGCCAGCGACACGACUGGCAAGCAGAUCGUCAAAGCCUUGGGUGAGCCCGACCGCAAAGGAGGCGGUGCUGGACCUCAGGGCGCAAGCAUGGGCGUCUGGAUAGAAUACACCAGCCUGGGACUCAUGCUCGAAUUCUCCUCGAGCGGGCUCGGAUCUUGGGACACCGCGGCUACGCAAGCAUGGUCUGUUGCUACGCUAUUCCCGCCAACGCACGACAGCGCGAGGGAAGAAGAAGCCAGGAUGUUAUCCGUUCAUGAAGCUCUGCGUGACGCGUCUACGCCUGCAUGAAGCUCGCAAGCCAGUCACACAACAACAUGCUCAUGCAUCUGGCUGAGCGAUCUCACGUCUGGCCGCCUUUCUUCUAGCGACUGUCAAGGCCAUUCGACCUGCCGAGCUGCUCGGCAAGCUAGACGGGGCCCGCGCCGCCCGGUAUUAGCAUUGCAAUGUUGUUACCGUUGAGCAGGGUCUGCCCUAGCUUCGUUGCUUUGCGACCCUGCGCUGUGUUUUCAUAUUCGGUGACGUCGUCGAGGACCAUAUUGACAAAGUCAUCGAAUCCCAACAGUGUGCCUACGAUCUCUCUCUCAGACUUGAGCACGACCCAUAACCUCGAGCCGAUGCACUUGUCGAUUAGCU